GUGCUCCUUCUACGGUCACUGUCCUCGUCACCUGAGGUGGGAGGAGGGAGGGAUAAGACUAAACCGAAUAUGUCGAAAAUACUAAGCUAUGGGUUCGCCGCGACCACUCAGGUGUCUAAGGAGAUAGAAAGGUUUUCAAUGCAACAUCAAAACACCGAGAAGGGCGAUGAACGGUGGAGGCCCUAUUCCUUUAUAUGGACCUACUGUAUCGUCCUACCAGUGGUGCUGAUGACGUUAUGGCUGAUCACUGCAAUGGUGCUGGAGGCAUGGAGAGCUGAUAGGACCAGAGGGCAGGCGGGUGUACCUGCACCGUUGGCCCCAGAGGACUACCUUCGGCGCGAGGAGGAACUCGGAAUAACAAGUAUUAGUUUCGCUCCUCUGAGGACGGCAGCACGAUGGUUGUUUUACUGCCAACCAGAGCUGUCCCUGGAAGUGGCUAGUGUGGAUGGUGGAGCGCACUCGAGUGGAGAUGAACGCUUCGCUUCGUGGUUCCUCACGCCAUCAACGCAACUGCUGGGAUACUUCACUUACUCAAUAGUAUUCGUGACGUCUAUUGUGGGUGGGCUCAUGAGGGGAAAGUGGGUGUUGAGAGUGCCAGCGAGGGACAAUACUGCUAAGAUGAAUAGGAUAGAAUUGCUCAACGCUGUAGUGACAAGUCUGUUGGCUUUUGGGGUGAUCGCGUACAAGACGGCGACGGCAGCCCUUGCUCGUCGGGAAGGCUCGACCUCAGCUGAUGUGCUGGCUAAUUGGUUCCUCUUGCAGCCCUGCCAUGUGUUCUGCAUUGGGCUUGGGGUCAUCUACUGGUCCCGGAGGUGGAAGGUGUCCAUCUACUUUUUCAACGUGUACCUUCACUUGAUGUGGGGUGUGGCUCUGGCUUUGGUCUUUGCUGAGAUGGAGGAGUACAACAAACGAGGCUACCCUCUCGAGACCUUCCACUUCUAUCUGGAGCAUUGGGUACUGGUGCUAGCCCCUUUUAUUCUCAUUGCUAUGCGAACAUCAACUAUCAGACUCAUCCCCCAGGAGGCCCUUUACGGCACUUUGCUACGCUCUCUGUAUAGGUACGUGUUUUGUUGGCUCUUGACCUAUCUCUUCUCUCGAUGCAUUAUACCGGCGUGGGUGGCCUUCUGUGAGCGCUACAUAUGGUCUCGAUCGAAGGGAACUGAGCAUAGUGGGCAUCUGCCGAAUAAGGCGGCCAGCCCUGUAGAAGGUGGAAAGAAGAAAGUCUCAUGA